UACAGAACCCAUAAGUUAUAUCGUGGGGGCUAUGCACAGCUAGAAAAUAAAGCUCAGCUCAGCGUAUAGCAAAAGGUCGUUUAUGCUUCUUUCUAAUAACUUCCAUAUUAUUGGUUAUUAUAAGUGUUGGAUAUAUUCAAUGGAGACUUAAAAGCGGAGUCUGAUGCUGAAUGAGGACACCUCUACGCCAUUAAGCAACAGCGACAUCUGUACCUUCUUGUUUGUAUCUGGAUUGUUUUCUUUUAACCUGUUUAAUUAUGAACGGGAAUGACUUUCGAAUCCCAUCCACCAAUGAUGUCACUAUAGAGUUAGAGGAGGGUUACGCAGAAGCGCCGCCGCAGACUACCACAGCAAGAGUGGAAACUAAAACUCAUCGAAGGCAGCUCUUUUGGAGUUGGUGGAUAGCAUUAUCUCGAAGUGCCCCGGAGGGAAUAGGCGUGGCAGGAUUAAAGUACGCCUUACUUCCUACGGAAAGUUGGUGCAGACGGUUGGGAUGGCUGGUUAUCCUCAUCUGCGCCGUAUCGGCCUGUACGUUCAUGAUCGUUGACAGGUCUCUCUAUUUCGCCUCCACUCCUCUCUCAGUCGACAUCAGCGUUAACCAGACUUCGACCGAGCUAACCUUCCCAAAGGUCGUCAUCUGUAAUUUCAAUUCAUUUGUAAAAUCCAAAACACAGGCCCAUCCAGCGCUCGAUAAGGUACUUCGGAUUUACGAGAACAGUCGAUAUAAUCCCAAUAAAAACAUAACACUGUCAGAGGACGAGGUGGAAGAAAUUCGCAAACACGAUAUGACGGAAGUAUACAAUGAAUUAAAACACACGAAGGAGGAUAUGUUUAUCAGAGUAGUAUUUGGCGGUCAGCAAGUUCUUUUAGAGGACAUCGUACCUGUCUUUACUACAUUUGGGGUAUGCUAUCAGAUUAAUGACGGGCAAGAUGGAAGAAAAUUACUAAAAGCUGCGGGUGCCGGAAGGAUCUUUGGUCUGAGUAUGAUACUCAACGUAGAACAAGACAAGUAUUACUACAACACGUUCUUGAAGGAUGCAGUUGGUUUUUCCAUUCAUCUACUUGAUCAAAAUGAUACCACUUACUUGCACAAGGAAGGAUUUCAGGUGGGACCGGGCACGUCUACAGCAGUAUCUAUCACUGCUAGACAGAUAUACAACGAGAAGCCGCCUUACGGAGUUUGUGGAGAAAAGAAACUGCAACAUCAUUACAAAUAUUCCAGAAAUAAGUGUCUUGUCGAAUGCUUAACCCAAGCUAUGGUAUCAACAUGCGGCUGUCGAACGCCCUCGCUUCCAGGCAAUGCACCCGUGUGUGAUGCAAUUGCUGUUGGAACAUGCACCAACAUGUUUUUUGAGAUCGGUAACAUAAGUUUGUGCGAUCCCGAUUCUGUUGGUGCGUGCAGCAAUACCUUCUUUGAACCACAUUUUCAACAUAGUAACUUACAUUUAGAGCCCUGUGAAUGCCCUUUGAACUGCGAGGAAAGAGACUUUCUUGUUGGGGUGUCCACAACAAAAUACCCAUCACACUUCAGAGCUAGAAUACUAGAAGAAUAUAUCAGGGAUGGAGUGCUAAACAUCCUGAACACAUCAUCUAUCAAUUCCUCCUACAUUGAGGACAACUUCGUUUCCAUUGAUCUGUUUUUCAGUGACAUCAAUACCAUGGUAGUUACCCAGAAAGCAGCAUAUACAUUCUGGGCAUUAAUGUCUGACAUAGGUGGGUCUCUUGGACUAUGGCUGGGCGGCAGUCUGCUCACAUUAUUUGAAAUCCUGGACCUAUGUGGACACUCGUUCUCCUCUAAGAUACGAUAGCACCAUUUGGAAAUUACUACCCGGUCUACAACCGAUUUGUCUGCUCUCCGUUUGGGCCCUUUGAUCAUGCAUGGUCUAACCCAGUGCUUGUCAACCUUUUUUUACUCGAGGACCACUUUGACUCCCAAUUUUUUUCAAGGCCCACCUACCAUAAUUUUAAGAAAGUGAUAUGACUUGUCUCGACUCAAAGAUAGACAAGGAUUAUAAUGGGCAUAUUAGUGCGUGUAACUUUCAGUAGCCCAGCCUUUGAGCCCCUCCUCCAAACGUAUACAAUCAUGACAACAAAACAACUUAAUAACAAGAAUGCUGAAUACCUCCAACAUUCGACACACAUUGCUUAUGAUUUUGCAUCACUGCCAGUCAUGAUGAAUCAAAAUUUAAUGUAUUUAGGGUCAUAUUUUCCUACAGUUACAUUCAGAGACGUUUCAAUUUGUUUCUAGCUCCCUCGCCCUUUUUAAAUCGCUUUAAAAAGGUCCAUUUUGAUGAAAGUAUGUUUUCGUGAAAUUUGAACGCAAAGCCCUGAAGCACGUUCGAAACAAACAGUUCAAGAACUUACUGCAUUCGCAAAGGUCCGGUAAAUGGGCGACAAUAUUAACUAAAUCCUACUAACACAACUUCGUCUACAUUCUAAUAAUAAUGAUAAUAAUAAUAAUAAUAAUUAAUAAAAAAUAAUAAUGAUGAUGAUAAUAUAGCGCUUUUUCCA